UUUUUAUAUUGAGUUUAGCCUACCUACUCUAACAUAUAAAAUCAUUUACCUUCCAACUUCACCAUCAUCCCAAAGAGAAAAAGUAUAUCUUCUUCUUUUCCUUACCCAUGAAUACUCUCUCUUUUUUCUUCCUCCUUUGACCUUGUCCCAACCAUAUGAUCUUCACCUUUUCUAUCUUUCGAAAACAUCCAAGCCAUUGUCUAAAAUUGAUACCCACUUCACUCCCAACUACCCCUCGAUUUAAACCCCACCACUUCAAUUCUUUUCGCACAUUUACAACCACAAUUUACAAGAUGGCGGCGACAGAUUCGUCCUCAAACUUCAUUUCCGAGAAGCUCAAGUCUUUGAGUGUCUCGGAUCUACCAAAAUUUCCUAAUUGUCACCCUGAUAUCAACAUCGUCGAUAUCUACAGAGCUCACAUUACUUCUACCUUGACUGAGAUUACUGGUGUUGAAUCCACCAUCAUCUACCGUGCAUUGGCAUGGACGAAUACUUUAGACAAAGGUGACAUAGUCUUACCUGUGCCAGCUUUGCGAGUCAAGGGAAAAAAGCCCAACGAGUUGGCUGAGGAAUGGGCGGCAAAGGUAUAUCCGUCGCAACCUAUUUACAUCAUGAGAUUUACUAAAACAUCGACUGGAAUAGUAUCCUGAAUCUCCUCUCGUUCACAAACCUACCACCAAUGGCGUCUACCUGCAAUUCUUCUUCAAAGCCGACAGACUUAAUGAACUUCUCAUUCCUACCAUUAUCCGACAAGGCUCGAGCUUUGGAGAAAACAAAUACCUUGGUCUCGUGGAUCCAGAAGAUCCAUCAAAAGGACAAAAGAAAAUAGUCAUUGAAUUCUCGUCCCCGAAUAUCGCGAAGCCUUUCCAUGCAGGUCAUCUUCGAAGUACUAUCAUUGGAGGUUUCUUGUCGAAUCUUUACGCAGCAGUAGGAUGGAAUGUUACUCGAGUCAACUACCUUGGAGAUUGGGGCAAACAGUAUGGAUUAUUGGCUUUGGGUUUUGAUAGAUAUGGAGAUGAAGAAGCUUUAAAGGCAGAUCCUAUCAACCAUCUUUUUCAAAUCUACGUCAAAAUCAACCAAGAUGUCAAAGCCGAGGCCGAUAAGAUAACAGCAUUGGAGGCAGAAGGGAAAACAGACGAAGCACUGCAUAUCAAGAAUGAGGGGCUAGAUGAACAAGCUCGUCGAUAUUUCAAAGCAAUGACUGAGAACGAUGAAAAAGCAAUUGCGCAAUGGGCUCGAUUCCGUGAUCUCAGUAUUAAGAGAUAUAGGGAGACAUAUGCACGAUUAAAUAUUCAUUUUGAUUAUUAUUCGGGAGAAUCUCAAGUUAAAGCAGAAGUAAUGGAGGAGACAGGAAAGAAAAUGGAGGAAAUGAAGAUUGCGGAAGAAUCGCAAGGCGCUAUGAUUAUCGAUUUCACCAAGCACGUUCCAGGAAAGAUUGGCAAAGGUCUUGGAAAAGCAAUUGUGAAAAGAAGGGAUGGCACAGCACUCUAUCUUACUCGAGAUAUCAGUGAACUGUUGCAACGAAAAGAAAAGUAUGACUUUGAUCAGAUGAUUUAUGUUGUCGCAACUGAUCAAGAGUUGCAUUUACAACAAUUGUUCAAGAUUAUUGAGCUUUUGGGUUACAAAGAACUCCGGGAUAAGUGUCAACACAUCAACUUUGGUUUGGUACAUGGCAUGAGUACUCGUCGCGGUACUGUCAAAUUUUUGGAUGACAUCUUAAGAGAUGUUGCUGAGAAGAUGCAUGAAGUUAUGCAAAAGAAUGAAGCUAAAUAUGAACAAAUCGCCGAUCCAUUAGCUACUUCCGAUAUCCUCGGUAUUAGUUCUGUCAUGGUACAAGAUAUGAGUGGUAAACGGUAAGUAAAUCUGUUAUUUUUUAACCUAUUCCCUUUUCAUAAUUAAGAAUCACAAACUAAUUUUGACAUUAGUGUUAACGGUUAUACCUUCAACAUGGAUACCAUGACAUCUUUCGAAGGUGAUACCGGUCCAUAUCUCCAAUACGCCCACGCUCGUCUUUGCUCCAUCACCCGCAAAGCAGCACUUACCCCAGAAGAAAUUGCUUCAGCUGAUCUAUCACUUCUCACUGAAAUCCACGCUCAAAAUCUCAUCAGAACUCUUGCGCAAUACCCAGAUGUCGUUCAAAACACAGUCAAAACCUUAGAACCAACAACUAUUUUGACAUAUCUAUUCAAGAUGACUCACGUACUCAGCAGUAGUUAUGAUCAUCUUAGAAUUAUGGGUAGUGAGAAGGAGGUCAUGAAAGCUAGAAUGGCACUUUAUGAUGCUGCUAGGGUGGUACUUUAUAAUGGUAUGAAAAUUUUGGGAUUGAGUCCUGUGGAGAGAAUGUAGAUGAUGGUCUGAGAGUUGGUAAGCUGGUAAGCUAAGCUAUCGCAAAUAUUAUUUGCUAAGGACAUAAAAGUUAAGCCAUAGUCUUGAUGAUUAGUUGCAGAAGGAUUAGAAUCAACACGAGACCAAGACCAAAGUUACAGAUGCGAUCAUCUAGAAACUUAAAGUAGAGCACACUAGUCUAGGUAUUUUGUUGAUAAUAUCAGAAUCUACACGUCUCAAAUGCACGAUUGUAACUUAAGAAAUAAAGUCAAUGUUAAAGUAUCAAGCAAAUUUAUA